AUGACUUCAUGCUUUGAAGGUAGUCCAGUUCUUAUUACAAAUGGAAAUCAAUUCACUCCAGUCGAUAUUAGUGAAGAACCUCUAGCUCCUCUUUCUGACGUUACUUCCAUAAGUGAACUAAAAAAUAAUAAUGAGACAUGCAAAUUACCUUAUCGACCAUCAACAUAUAAUAGUACAAAUACAACUAGUUCAGAGAUAUGGUUUUGUUACAAAAAUCAAUGUCCAACUGAAAGUGCAGGGUUAGCAAAUUGUACAUCAGGUAAUUAUGGUUUGAUCUCUAUUGAUGCUUGGGAAUCAAACAAAACUAUUGCUAAGUCGAUUAGUCAAGAAAUGAUACUACGUAACUCCGUUGGAGAACAAUGUCUUCGAUAUUAUUAUUAUUUCACUGUUUAUGAUCAACUUAAUUGGGGUCAACAAAUUUCAGUAUUAAUUAAAUCUGAUAAUGAAGCUGACGAUGAAAUUGAAAUCGAUCGACUAUUAGUUGUUGAUAUAGUAAAAAAUCGUUGGCAUCUCAGAAAUAUUACAUUCAAUUCAACAUAUGCUAACUAUACUUUGAUGUUUCAUUUUGAAGUUACAAAUGAUAAUCGAACUGAAGAUCCAGCAUUAAAUAAAACAAUCUAUUUUGCAUUAGAUAAUAUUGAUCUCUAUAACCGAAAUUGUCGAAAUGUGAUCAAACCACCUACUCUUUCAACCACUAUAUCACAAUCUCCGACCACAACAACAACCAUAAUAACGACAAAAAUAGAUAAAUUGACAGCUACGCCUCCAAGUGAGCUACAAAGUCUAUCAUAG